GUUUCCCCGGGGUCAUUGAGUUCCUGUAUAGGAAAGCUCUUAAAAUGUAUUCUACAGUCCUGUAGCCUGAUCACUGUCUCAAAGUUUAAGGUAAAACGUCAAGUUACUCAAGUAGCCUACACGAAGCCACAACGCAUUGGUGGUAGUAAAACUAUCCAGUGCAGCAAUGACAGAUUAACGUCUUGCACCAUAGUUAUCAAUUUAAUUUUGAUUUGUUGUUGAAGUUGAUUCCUAUAAACAUUUAAUUUAAAAAUGUUUUAUUUUUCCUGAAAAUUUGAAUCCAAUAUGCAGAUUGAAAAAAAAAAAAUGAUAUUAAGAACCAAAUUUAAGGUACCUCAGCUGAUUUCAGUGUAACCACUAUUCCACCGCCUGUGUAGCUAAAUUAUAUGUGUUGGAAGUACAGGCGGAGUAAUGAGUGCAACUGCCUGUCCGCACUUUCUAAUCUAGAAGGAAAUUAUUUUGUCUGAUUUUGGUAUAUUCUACUGAAGCUGUGAAGUUACCUGAUGGCAGACCUAAGGACAUUUAAUGUUGUCAUAUUGGGAAUCGGUUUCCUCCUAAUAUUUACUGCUUUUACAACAUGCGGAAACAUUGAACAAACCAUCAUUAAAAGCCUAGCAAAUGAAAGCUUUGUGGGAAGUGGCUAUCAUAGUCUUGGUAUUAUAUAUGGGGUUUUUUCAGCUUCAAAUUUGUUAGCCCCCACUGUUGUAGCAAUAAUUGGACCACGAUCAACUUUAAUUCUCAGUGGUGUAAUUUACAGUUGCUAUAUUGCUGUGUUCAUCAGCCCAACAACAUGGUCCUUGUACUUCACCUCAGUUCUCAUUGGUAUUGGAGCAGCAAUGCUCUGGACAGCUCAAGGAAAUUAUCUUGUGCAGAACUCCAGUGUUUCAACGAUCAACAGGAACGCAGGAGUAUUUUGGAGUCUUUUACAGUGCAGUAUGCUUUUUGGCAAUCUGUAUAUCGUUUUAGAUUGGAAUGGAAAAACUGAAAUUACAGAGAGUAACAGGAAGACUAUAUUUGUGAUUCUAUUGGUCCUCUCAAUUUUGGGAACGCUGAGCUUCACUGUGCUGAGAAAGCCCUCGCUACAGGAAGAAAUUUUGUCUGAAGAAGAAGGGCGAUCAUUGAUUUCAAUUCAUGUGAAAUAUAUGCAGAGAGCAACUUCUGCUGUCAAUGAAGCCAAGUCUGAAUUAAGAACAAUGCUGCAACUAUUUCAGACUAGAGUUAUACUCCUCUUAAGUUCCUGCAUGGCAUACAGUGGACUGGAGCUGACCUUCUACAGUGGCGUGUAUGGAACCUGCAUUGGUGCCACAACCCAUUUUGGAAAGAAGGCCAAAAGCUUGAUUGGGCUCUCUGGGAUUUUAGUGGGGAUUGGAGAGAUAGUUGGUGGAGGCUUGUUCGGGCUGAUGUGCAAGCAUAACCGCUUUAGACGCACUUCUGUUGUCAUCUUGGGAAUGGUGGCUCAUUUCAUUGCCUUUUACCUCAUCUUCCUCAGUAUCCCAAAUGAUGCCUCAGUGGUUGUUAAAACCAGCACACAGCAUGAGCCAUAUCUGGUCCCAAGUGUGCCAAUUGCCCUGCUGUGUAGUUUUUUGCUUGGACUGGGAGACAGCUGUUUCAACGCACAGCUUUACAGCCUUCUGGGAUGUGUGUUUGCUGAAAAAAGUGCAGCAGCAUUUAACAUCUUCAAAUUAAUUCAGUCCCUGUGUGCUGCAGGGGCAUUUUUCUACAGUGGGUACCUCCUGCUGUCCUGGCAACUUCUGGCCAUGGUGCUUCUUGGGAUUUCUGGAACUUUCUGCUUCUUCUUGGUGGAAAAGAUGCAAGAUGCACCCAUAGAUUUCCCGGAACAUUAACUUUUGUCUUCAUAAUUUAAAAUGUAAAUUUGCGCUACACUAAUCAUGUAACAUUGAAUUUAUUUUGAACUUUUUGAUAUUAUUCUUUUAAAGAACUGAAGUGUUAUUUACCUGCAGCACUACAAUUCAGCAUAUCGAAAUAAUCUUUGAACUAAAAUCAUGAUUACUUGAAGAUGGAAAUCAUUGCUUUGCAGAUUUGUAGUCUUGUAUGCCAUCCAUUCAAAUGCAUUUCACUUAGUUUUCUUGUUACAGUUGUAUAAAGCAUAAAGUAUUGCUGACCAAAUGUAAUAUCGUAAAUGCUUUGUUUUCUAGCCACUCAUUAUUUACCGUAUAUGCAAUUGUAUAAAACAUAAUUUCUU